AUGCCGCGGAGCCCUUCACCGCGUCGAGACGAGCGAAGAAGCCGGUCGCCUGCGAGACGUCACGACGACAGAGACAGAGACAGAGACAGAGACGCAGGGAGGAAGAAACAAGCGUCUGGGUUCCGGUGGAAGGAGAAACGACGAGAUGACGAUCGGGAUAGGGGCAGAGAUUCGGGGAGGUCUAAAGGGUUAGAGCGUGGGUAUCGUGAUAGUGACAGGCGGAGGUCACCGUUCAGAGACCGAGAUAGGGAGAGGGAUAGAGAUCGUGACCAUGAUCGUGGCCGUGGCCGUGACCGUGAGUGCGAACGGAGGCCAGAAAAGGACGAUGUAAGCGGUGAGAAGGAGAAGAGGGAGAAGAAGAAGAAACCUGCUGCUGCUCCGUCCAACGAGCCUAUGAUUAUCGUCAACGUCAACGACAGACUAGGCACCAAAGCUGCUAUCCCAUGUCUUGCUUCAGACCCUAUCCGCCUCUUUAAAGCUCAGGUAGCUGCCCGGAUAGGUCGAGAGCCUCACGAAAUACUUCUCAAACGGCAAGGGGAGCGGCCGUUUAAAGACCAGCUUACCCUGGAGGAUUAUGGUGUCAGUAAUGGCGUACAACUGGACUUGGAGGUGGACACUGGAGAUUGA